AUGGCCGUCUCCGAGUCGCAGACGCUGAACCGCAAACCCAAGAAGUCCGGUGGAGGAGGCAGAAAGUCGAAGAGCAAGUCAGCUGAGGCGGACGCGUCGCGUGCCGCCAGCGUCGGCCAGAAGAAGAAGAACUUCCUGAAGAAGGACUACGAGAAUCCGGAGGACUGGACACUCGGCACGACGACGGGCAGUCAAGUGGAAGACGACAGCGGCACGCGCUCGCGCUCCCGCUCACGCGCAGACCGCCGCAAACGCGACAACACUCGCACUGCUGGAGAUGACCGGACGGCGGAGAGCCGCCAGCAGACCGACCAGAGCGCCCGCCGCAACCGCAACAAGCUCAGCAAGGAGAAGAAGCGCCCUGUCGACUCUCGAAACGCGCGCAGCAGCAGCGCCGUCCCGUCCAAGGAGUGCACCCAGCAGCAUGAUUACCCGAUGAAUUUCCCGACGUCAAAGGACAAGACGCGUGACAUCUCGCCGAGCCCCAGGCGCAGUGGUAAGAAGCCGAAGAAGCCG